AUUAGAAAGGAGGCUCCGAACGUGGCGACGUCAGUAUAGACAAGAUAAUUAUAAUUAAAUAUUUAGACGAAGUCAUUCCGUUUAUAGACACACUUAUUUCGCUAAGGAGGUGAUUUUAUUAAGAAAAAAAUACCAUGGGUUCGGCUGGAGAAUUCGGAAACCCGCUGAGGAAGUUUAAAUUAGUUUUUCUUGGGGAGCAAAGUGUUGGGAAGACAUCAUUGAUCACACGUUUCAUGUAUGACAGUUUUGACAACACAUAUCAGGCAACCAUUGGAAUAGAUUUUCUGUCAAAAACCAUGUACCUAGAAGAUAGAACAAUCAGACUACAGUUAUGGGAUACCGCUGGACAAGAAAGGUUCCGAAGUUUAAUACCAAGUUACAUUAGGGAUUCCUCAGUAGCAGUUGUAGUCUAUGAUAUAACUAAUGCUAAUUCCUUUCAACAGACAUCAAAGUGGAUAGAUGAUGUGCGGACAGAGCGUGGCAGUGAUGUUAUAAUUAUGUUAGUAGGGAACAAAACAGAUCUAUCGGACAAGCGACAAGUGACAACGGAAGACGGAGAAAGGAAGGCAAAGGAAUUAAAUGUGAUGUUUAUAGAAACAAGUGCCAAGGCAGGCUACAAUGUUAAACAGUUAUUCCGACGAGUAGCUGCAGCACUACCUGGGAUGGAAACGACAGAACCAAAAAAAGGAGAAAUGACGGAGGUAAAAUUAAAGGACACACCGACAGAGCCCGAGGCUAAAGAAGGAGGAUGUACUUGUUAGUCUGUCUUUUGUCCGUCUUGUGUCCGUCUUGUGUCUGAUUUGUCACUGUGUACAGGCCUUUGAUCUGUCCAUUGUUGUCUUGUAUUUUGUGUUUCAUCUCCGAUGUCGAUUGCUCAUCAAAUAUUGAUGUCUAUUUGUAGGUAAUAUUGACAUGAUGUACAUCAGCACGAUAAGAUAAGUUUGAUAUAUGCCAGGAGCACAUGCAAGUUCAUCAUAGUCCAACAAUAUUGCAAUGUUGAACCAUUGUAUAUGUAUGUAAAAUAUUGUACUUACAUAGUAUAUAUUAUAUGUACACAUUGUAUGGACAAAAAUGCAAGAUAUACAUUCUUAGAUACAUUGUAUUACAUUGUAUUGCAUGUCAAUGCAAAGUGUAUACAUUAAUAUAUACUUUGUACAGUUGAAAAAUACAAAGGACAGUAAUGAAUGAAUAUAUGUAUACAAUGUUUGGGUGGAAAAUGUAAAGUAAAAAUAAAAUAUAAAUUUAUGUAUACUUUGUAAAGGUGAAAGAUACAAAUUACAAAAAUGUAUGCAUUGUACAGACAAAAACAUAUAUAUUUAUGUAUACAUUAUAUAUGUAUAUUUUGAGAAUACUUAUAAAGUAAUUAAGUAAAUACAUCUGACAUAGGAAAAUCUAAUGUCAAAAUAUGAGUAACUCUGAAUGUUUAUGAAAUUUUAUCACAGACAAUAAAUAUAAAUCAUAGAAUAACAUUCUACUGAAAACUAAUUUUUUUUUUUCAUAAUUUGUAAGUCCAAAUUGUCUAAUAUAAUCAUUUGAACGUUUUAUGUACUUCUGUCUUACGGUACUGAAAUCAGUUUUGUUUUGGCCUUUCUCCAUAAAUCUAAGUUCAUUUAGAAAUGAAGCAGCAAUCUAUAUGUUUGACUGUUUCAUAAUUUAUUUAAAAUAAACACCUACAUACUUAUAUUGUUAAUGUUUGACAUUUUACAUUUGUCAAAAAACAUCAGGUUUAUUGGUUCAGAUUUAAGAGAAAAGUUCAAAAUUUUAUACAAAAUUAAAUGUAUGUUCUCAUAUGUAUAUAAAUGUAAAUAUAGAAAAAAAAAUAUUUAUCUAACAAUAGGAUCAUAUCUGGUAAUAAGCCAGAAUAAAUUGAUAAAUGAAAAAUAAAUAAAUAUGGCACUUGUAGAUAUCAUUUUGUGGUUAGAUUAAAAGUUUAAGACCAUAUAUAAAAAGUUUCAACUUUUUUUUCAUGUACUGUAUUCAACAUUGUAUCAAAUACAUUACUCUCAUGCAUACAAAAAAUACACGUCUUUCCGCUAACAUGCCAGAAAAAAAUUGAUUUUAAAGGUGGGGAAAUUUUUUUUUAAUUGUUUUAAAUUGGUUUCCUGAUGUUAUAUAGACAACAUAUCUUGAUUUUUAUAGCCCUUCUAUGGGAAUGUCCAGAACGUAACAGGCAUCGGUAGGGUUAGCGGAAAUUCUGGUAUUUUUAGGCCCCAUCUAUAUAUACGUCCUUCAUAGUAAGUGCCAUGUUAACAAUUAAAAAAAAAAACACCAUCACCUAUAAUGUGUUAGUCAUAUAUGCAUUUCGACAUUGUAAUAGGUUUUACCAUCAGCGAUGUAUUGUCAGAAUAUGAUUUACUUAAAUGUAAGAUCAUAUAAAUAAAAUCAUAGAAUAUUUUAGAUUAAAAUCAUACAAUACUUUAUUGGAAUUUCCAUGUGAUGAAAUAAAAAGAAGAAAAUUAAAAAGAUCCUACUGCCGUUUUCAGAGUUUUACGAAAUAUGUGUAUACAUCAUUAAAAUGAUAUCGGUAUCAAAGCUUGAAAAAAAACCACCCAAAACAUGAGUUAUCCUGUUCAUAUGAUAAUAAAAGUGAGAAUGAAUUCAUCAUUUCAAGCCUGAAUUUCUGAGAAUUUCAGGGCUCUUUUGUGUUCUGUGCUUGUGUGUUGUGAAUGUUGAGAAUAUUCUUCACGUGGAUUGUGACAAAAACCCAUCUUUUAAACUAUGCAAUGAUAAUGGUCUGCUUAUGCUUUUGUGAAUGUACAACUGUAAUAAGAAUUACUUCCUAUCUGAAAUAUCACUCUUAUCUUGUAUAAACAAAUUUGCAUUUGCUUGAAUGAUUUUGCUGAAAAUUUAAAUUGAAAAAUGAGAUUAAACUGGUUUUGAAAAUAAUGUAACAAUGACAUGGUAAAUACUGUAUGCAUAUAAGAUAUUAUAAUUUUUGAAAAAAAAGCAGUAAGUUAAGAUUUUUUUUUGGGAAAAAAAACAAAGUAAAAAAAAAAACAAUGAGUUAACUCAGAACUGCUAGACCUUACUUUGAUCAGAAAAGAAAUAGAAGACUCCAUUGAAGGAGUCUGUACCUUCUAUAUAUUGUGAUAAAAAUGUACGCUCAUUGACUCAAACUUGCCAUGACUAUAUUCUUUCCUGACCCAAGUUUGUGUGCAAUUAUGCUUAUCUCAUUGCAUAACAUAGUACUUGUCUAAACUGAAUAGUACCUGGAAAAAUGUUAGUUCUGUAGAUAGAGAGGUUCUGUUGUUUGCAGACUCCAUCUUCUCAGAGUCUUUUUUUUUCUUUGUUUUUAAAAUUUUUUUAUUCCUUUUUUUCUAAACAUGCUUCAAUAUUGUGUUUUAUUUUCGACAAUUCAUGUUUAUAAUUUCAAAAUAUUGGUUACAUUGGAAAUGCUUUAGUCAUUGUGCUAUCCCAAUAGUCCAAGGGUUUAGUUUAUAUGUAACAUUAUACAUAAUACUAUGUACAGGAGAUUGUAGUGUUACAAGUGCUGGGAGAAUGUGUUUUAAGUUAUAUCACUAUUUGAUCAAAACUUUUUGUGCGUAUGUGGAAGUGUCAAUAGAAUGAAAUAAUGUUAUGUUACUAAAGUGAAGCUCUAACUUUAAAAUAUCAAUAUAUUUAACUAAUUAUAACAGAUUCAGGUGGAAUUUUCUAAAUUCCAUGUUUUGGAGUCAUUGUCUUUACUUGUGUUGUGCUGAAGAAGAUAGUAAAUGAUACAUUCAGAUAAUAUAUCGAUCAUUAUGUUUUUGAAUUUCAAAUUGUACUUAAAAUAUUAAAUUGUACGACGUACCUAGUCUUGCUUUCAAGUUUUGAUUUUAAGCUGCAUAUAGUUGUUAUCAACCUUCUGAUGUAGCUUUCUUCGGACUAACAACGCUGAAAUGCUAGUCUUUCUACGUGAAGUGACACAGACUAUCUUGCCUCUGAAAUCUCUGCAAGAUGGAUAUGUAAUGGAUAUUUUCUAUGGUGUGCCUUAGCAGAUAUUACUUGUACAUAUGUAUUUGUUCAGUGUUUUAAGCAAGACUAACGGACUUGAUACACAUUGAAAUACAAAGAUCAUGCAUGUAUGUAUGUACUAUCACAGAAUGUAUGUCGUAAAAUGCACUUUUUGUUUGAACCUUGGCAUGAUUUGUUGUCUUGCUAUUUAUUGAUAUUUUGAUGUAAAUAUGUUGCAUUUUUCUGAAUGUUUUUAGUUUUGUAAAGAUAGAAUCCUUUUUUACACCCCUGCACCAUAGAUGCAUGUGCAAGUCGUUAAGAGUAUACAUAAUCAAAAUAUCUUUGAAUGUUCAAACACGAUUAAUUGACGACAAUUUAUGAAACUUACCGUGAGUACCUUUAUUGGGUUCGUACCAGCUGUAACAAAUAAAAAAAUUUUCACCUCUGUCUCAAAAUUAAAAAAUUAAAUCAAGUGUUAUAGAAUUUAAUUCUGUUCCAUAUCUUCUAAUUGAUUGUGAAUCUCUAGCAUUGAUAUAUAAACCCUUACUGAUAAUGGGAAUUAGGUCGCCAAAAUGACAAUUUUCGAUGAAAAGGUUAAUAGUUCUCCUUUGCGCGAGAUGAAUGCCCAUUUUUGUAUUCCUUAGUGGAUGUAUAAACCCUUACUGAUAGACCUAAGUGCUCAUAUCCUAUGCUACAACAGUAACUGUUGUUUAUACCCCCAUUCACUUAUAACACGUGUAUGUUCGCUUAGUAUUGGAUGCUGCCAAAUGAAUCACUUCUAGAUUACUGUGGUGCUAUAUGUAGAAAAAUGGAAUCACAUUUUCAGUUUAGGUAUCUCUAGUCUUAGAUAACAUCUUUUGGCUCUCUGUAUUGGUAAUCGAAAUAUUAAAUUUAUUUGGGAGGAUACUAAAUUCAUUUCCUAAUUAUUCAAUUAAGUGCAAAAAUAUACAUUAAUGUAAUUUAACUAGAUAUGAAGCACAAAAUUAAUUGUCGGGAUAUCUUGUUGACAUACCAUUAAUUUCAUCAAGCAUUUUAUGUUAUUCCAAAUUUCAUAUCUUGAUAAUAUUAAUCAUAGAUUUACUUUGGCGUCGCCAAGACACAGUAGUAGUUGUCACAAAUAUUAAUACGAAUGUAUGCACUGCAUAUGAUGUGAUACGUUUUCAGUUUACUUGUGAGGAUGACAUUUCAAAAAUUACCAAUUUACAAUUUGCUAUUAAAUUUAAUAAUUCUUAAGUACUAAAAACAUCUUUGACCCACUUCAACGGAUCAUUUGAAAAUAUUUUUUAGAUUUGUACAAUAGUAACAUUAGUAUGUCGUAUUUGAAAUUUUGGUAAAAUAUUGGUUUGAUUCAUUUUGUAGACACUUUGGAAUAUUUUUUUGUAAAUACGUACAUGUAUUUCCUCUUAUUUAUGCAGAUGGUUUGUCAAAAGUAGGUUUUUAUUAUUUCUAACAUGUGUAAAUAGUUAUUAUCAAUAGGUCAAUAUUUGUACAGUUUAAAAGUGUAUAUAUAUAACAUUUUGUAAGGCUUUCGAUGAUUAAAUUACUUGAAAGCAUGAACAAAUCUUUUAGUUACCUUAUAAAGUCGGGGUUAAAUGUGAGAACUGUUUGUGGAGAGGUUUUAUUUGUAAAAUAAAAGACAAUAAAACCGUUUUAUUUAUGUGA